AUGACGUGGAUUGUUAAAAUGGCCCGUAAUGGCUCAUUGAGUAAUGGUGCGGAAAGAAUGCAGAUCUAUCAGAAGAAGGAUUGGUUACGGUAUCAGUACAAGAAGACAGAAGAAGGCAAUUUGAAUAGGAUUGAACUAGAUCAAGGAAACACAGAGGAUACCUUCCGACUUCUGAACACUGAUGGAGUUGAACGCGUUUUGGAAAAUCGCAGAUGGGAAAGGGCCACGUCUCUGCUGCGUAGCAGAGCGCAGGGAGAACAGUUGAAUCGAACAGAUGGUCUUGGAGCUCUGGGUCCAUCACCUGGUCUGUGGCUUCCUUCCGAUGAAAAAGCUGUACCGUGUAGCGCAAUUCCUGUAGCAGUCGGCCAAUGUCCCCACGGAUCCUCUCCUUCUGAAGGUAAGACAUUAGAUGUUUCGCAGGGAUCUCGUGUAGGCGAUGUCCUCCAGCUCGUAAGAGACUGUCCGAAAUGGUCCGGUCCUGGAGCCGUGACUGCCUUCAUGGUCUGA